AUGCAAGGAACAUUUUUUAGGGGUACAACUCAUAAUUAGGAUGCUAGAUUUAGUGAUAAAGAAAAGAAGCUAAUGCAAACUAUGAGUUUUGAUGAAAUCCUUGAUAAAAGAGUGGAUUUAAAAAAUGUAGAUUUAGAAAUUUUAGAGCCAUGGGUUGACUAAUAAGUAACUAAAAUUUUAGGCAUGGAAGAUGAAGUUAUUCCAGCAAUGAUUAUAAAUGAGCUUGAUUCAUAUAAAAAAGAUGAUAAAUCUCCAAAUGGAAAAUUAAUUUAAAUCAGAGUAACUGGUUUUUUGGAAAGAGAUACAAAAAAAUUUAUGGCGGAUUUAUGGAAAUUACUUAUAGAGGCACAAAAUUCGCCUCAUGGAAUUCCUACUUCUCUUAUUGAUUCUAAGAAAUUGGAGCUAAAAGAGAAAGAAGAGUAAUUUAAAAAGAGUUAAGAGUAAUUAAUGAAGUUAGAAGAAGCUAGAAAAAAAUUAGAGUAAGAUGAAAAAAAGUUAAAGGAGCUGAAUAGAUUAUUCACUGAUAAAUCUUCAUCUGUCGAAAGAAAACCUAAUAAUUAAUAGCAACUAUAAUAAGAACAAUAAAAUAAAGAUCAAAUUAAAGAUAAUAAGAGUAAUGAUAAAAGACAUAGGGAAUCUUUAAAAAAAUUCGAAGAAGAUGAGUUCUUAGACAAAAAAGAGAAAAAGGAAGUUGAGAAAAAGAAAAACAGUAGACGUUCAUCAAGUAGUUCAAGGUCACGUAGUAAAAAGGAUCAUAAAAGAAAAGAAUAGUCACAUAAAAGUAGAAAACAUAGAGAUAGUAGCAGUAGUGAUUAGGAGAACAAAUAUAAAGAGAAGAGCUAUAGAGAUAAUAAGCAUAAAUCUAGUAAAAAUAAAAGGGAUAGAAGUAGAAGUUGA